AUGCUACACACUUCUCAUGAAGAUGACCAUAAUGCCCCUAGCCUUCUGUCUCCGUUUCUCCAACCUUGCACCACUAGUCAGGACUUCCAUGGACUAGCCUCGUUCUUUGGGAAAAGAUCAAUGUCGUAUGCCACAGAACUAUGUGAUCAAGAAACCAAGAACGGAGAAGAAGAAUUAUCAGACGAUGUAUUACUUGGAGCUGCAAGGGAACUUGGGCUUCAACCAAGACAGAUCGCAAUUCGGUUUCGGAACAGAAGGGCAAGAUGGAAGACAAAGCAAUUGGAAAAAGACUAUGAUGUUCUCAAGAAUCAGUUUGAAGCCAUCAAGACUCAAAAUGAUUCACUUUUGUCUCAAAAUUACAAGCUUCAUGCUGAGGUAUUGGCACUUAAGAACAAGAAUUCAACAGAAUUAAUCAACCUCAACGUCAAAGAAAAAGAAGGAUCUUGCAGCAACAGAAGUGAAAACAGCUCUGAGAUCAAACUAGACAUCUUAAGAACACCAGCGACUGAUAGCCCAUCAUUUCACACCACCACCACCAUCAUAAUUCAAUCCCUAAUCUCUUUCCAUCCUCCAUUGUAG